ACAUUGUUUUUGCAUUCCUCUCUCCGAACACUAGUUAAAACCAUAGUUCUUUGUUGAGAUAAGGACUAGAGGUUAGAGAUAAGUCUUGUAGAUAAAGACUCCUAAUAUGUUGGAGAUAAUGACAUGUAUAUUUGAGUCUAUCUCUAGUCGAUGUAUUGUGUAUAUAAGGAGGCCUUCUCCAAGAUGAAUAACAACAUACUUUACCUAAAGAACUCUGUUACUUUACAUGGUAUCAGAGCCAGCCCUAAAAAUCUAAAAAAAAAAAAAAAAAAAAACGUUCCUUAGUUCUCACGCUAUCGUUAUCAAUGACAACGGGAACCACGUCGGUCCUCAAGUCACCUUAUGACCUAGCUACGUCUGACAAUCCGGGUGUAGCGAUAUCUUCAGUACAACUCACCGGUGAGAACUAUGCUGAAUGGGCUUCCGAGUUGGAGAAUGCUCUACGUGCAAAGAGAAAGUGGGGAUUCAUAGAUGGUACUCUAUCGAAACCGACUCUGGAGAUCUAGAUGCGUGGAAGACAGUGAACUCCAUGAUCAUCGGAUGGAUCAGAACCUCUAUUUCACCUAAGAUUCGCUCAACGGUGACGUUUGCGUCCGAUGCUCACAAGUUGUGGGAAGAUCUUGCUCAACGUUUCUCUAUUGGGAACGCCGUCAGGGCUCAUCAACUUAGAGCUGAACUAGCGGCGUGCAGGCAAGAUGGAAUGAGUGUAAUUGACUACUUCGGCAAGUUGUCGAUCCGUUGGGAGGAGCUCCUUAUGUACAAGCCACUUCCAAAGUGUACCUGCUCGGCGAUGACAAGUAUCAAGCAAGAGCAUGAAGAAGAACGAGUUCACCAAUUCCUCAUGGGGCUCGACGAAGUUCGGUUUGGGAAUGUGGUAACAAACAUCAUCUCGAUGGAACCACUUCCUGAUCUGAAUAGCGUCUAUCAACGAGUCAUCAGGGAGGAAAGGAGACUAUCAACGUCAAAAACAGAGCCAAAGCAAGAAGCCGUUGGUUUUGGAGUGAAAGCAGAGGAAGCUCCGACAAGUGGGUUCAAUGCUGCGGCUGUUGCUACCUCUCGGUCUAUGAUGGUCUGCUCUCAUUGCGGACGUACCGGUCACGAAAAAAAAGAGUGCUGGCAGAUCAUCGGAUUUCCAGAAUGGUGGCUGGAAAAGAAUCCAAAUCCAAACGAUCGUGGUGGCAGAGGAUCAAGCAGAGGAAGAGGAGGUUCAUCACGUGGACGAGGUAGGGGAAAUUAUCCUCAACAACAGCAACCUCGUUCAAACGCUGCACAGGCUCCAUCUCCUGGAACGUUUCCAGCCUUUACUGCGGAACAAUGGGCAUCUCUCACGCAGUUAUUGGAGCAACAAAAAUCAACUCAUGUACCGGAUCGCUUGAAUGGACCGUUUUACGAGGACCCUGAUUGGAGCCGGUGAAGAACGGAAUGGUGUUUAUGUUUAUCGGGGUGUCACCAUCGCUAGGAGUCUCAGAGUUCGAGCCGCUGAGGAUCAGGCACUGUGGCACAGGCGUUUGGGACAUCCUGCUUUUGCUGUUUUGGAUUUUUUGCCUUUCAUUGUUGGUGCUAAAAACAUUCAUGACAAGUUUGGUGGAUGUGAAAUUUGUUUUAAGUCUAAACAGACUCGAGAAGUUUUCUCUGAUAGUAAUAAUAAAGCUCCUGAAAGUUUCAGUUUAAUA